ACGGGACUUUCACGAUAGACAACGAUAAACAUAAAGACAUCUUGACAGAAGUUUGUUACUUUUUUAGUCUGCGCCGGGAUAGUUUGAUUGUUUAUCGAUGAGAUAUAGUUACGACAGCAAUAUGUCGGAUAAAUAACAUUUGGCUUUCCUUGGAUGAAGCUGCUGGAGGCGCUCUCUUUUCCAAACAUAAACAGCUGACUUAUUGUAAUGUAGGCCAGAACUACAUCAUUUUUCAGGAUGAGAUUGUGGACUUUACUUGUCAUGUUCCGGAUGUGCGCAUCUUCUCAUCCUCUGACCGGUAACUCUAAAGUUAAAGGUGCAGCCGUGGAGAGCCGCUGCGCCGGCCGAGCCUGCAACCCCCGCAUGGGCAACUUGGCUCUGGGUAGAGUGCUGACCACCCGGUCGGUGUGCGGCUCCAACUCCUCAGAGCCUUACUGCUUCUACAAGCAGGCUGCUGCCCCCCGCAGCCGAGAGGCUUGUCCGGCACCUAAAUGUAGCAAGUGCAACGCUGCCAUCCCGAGCCAGGCUCACCCGCCCCUUGCCAUGAGCGACUCCUCAUUCCGCUACCCUGACACCUGGUGGCAGUCGGCCGAGGGGGUGAAGGAGGAGACGCUGCAGCUGGACCUGGAAACCGAGUUUUACUUCACCCAUCUGAUCCUGGUGUUCCGCUCCCCCCGCCCCGCUGCUAUGGUGCUGGAGCGCUCCCAGGACCACGGGCGCUCCUGGAAGACCCUCAGGUAUUUUGCCGGGGACUGCGAGGCCGCCUUCGGCCUGGCAGAGGAGGCUGAAGAGAGUGGCGCGACUUGCACCUCCAAGUAUUCAGGAGCGCUCCCAUGCACCAGAGGGGAGGUGAUCUAUCGUGCCUUGUCGCCCUGGCACUCCAUGGAUCCCUACGGCCGAUCUGCCCAGGACCAGCUUAUGGUCACCAACCUGAGAGUGCGACUUCUUCAGCGCCAGCCAUGCCCAUGCCAGGCCAAACAUCCCAGUGCCACUACUUUACCCACAGACCAUUAUGCCAUCUAUGACUUCAUCGUUAAAGGCAGUUGUCUUUGCAAUGGCCAUGCAGAGCACUGUGUGCCAGCCCGUGGCUACCCUCCCAGCCAGCCGAGGACCAGCAACAUGGUACAUGGGAAGUGUGUUUGCAGACACAACACAGCCGGUGACCACUGUGAGCGCUGUGCACCACUCUACAACGACCAACCCUGGCAGGCUGCCAACGGCAUUGUGGGCACAGCACAUGAGUGCCAGAAGUGCAAAUGUAACGGCCAUGCCAAGAGCUGUCACUUCAAUCGGGGACUAUGGUUGGCAUCAGGACGGCGCAGUGGGGGUGUGUGUGACAGCUGUCGCCACAACACAGAGGGACGCCACUGUCAGAACUGCAAAAAGGGCUUCUAUAGAGACCCAAGCAGACCCAAGACCGCCCCUGACUCCUGCAGACCGUGCUCUUGCCACCACGUGGGCACAGUCCUCUCAGGUGGCAGCGCCCUCUGUAAUCCUACCAAUGGCGAGUGCACGUGUAAGCCAGGUGUCGGAGGCCCCUUUUGUGACAGCUGCAUGAUGGGAUACUGGGGGCUCCAUGAAUAUGGCUGCCGCCCAUGUGAUUGCGCAGGGGACUGUGAUCCUUACACUGGUGACUGUAUUUCUGGCUCCGACGUGGAGGUCUUCUAUACAGCCACUGGCCACAUGGGACACAGCAGCAAUAAUAGUGAGCCGGCACUCUUUAGGGUAGAGGAGCUUUUCUCUGCACUGCACCACUCUGAGAAAUGCGAGUGUGUGGAAGUGGCCCUCAGCAGCCCUAAACUCAUCUGCGCUAUGGAGUAUGACUACAUGCUGAUGGUGAAGGUGAUGUCAGCUCACGAUAAAGGCUCCCAUGCUGAGGUGGAUGUGAAGGUCAAAAAGGUCCUGCACCAGAACCCUCACAUGAAGAUCCAGAGAGGAGGGAUCACCCUUUAUCCAGAGUCUUGGACCACGCAGGGCUGCACCUGUCCUAUCCUAAACCCAGGAUCAGAGUAUGUGGUGGCGGGUCAUGAGGACUGGAGGACCGGGCGACUGAUGGUCAACAGCAAGAGCCUGGUCAAAACAUGGAAGUCCAGCCUGGGACGCAAACUCCUGCACAUCCUCAGGAAUGACUGCAGACAUCGGUAGGACAGCGCCAGGGAUAGUGAUGGACGGGGGGUGGAAAGCAAGAGACUUGCUGGAUUUGUGAAGGGAUCAGUGAGAAGACUGACUCUUUGAAGUAAGCAUUGUUUGGAUGCUAAGGUGAAAGCGGAAACCUGUGACUGCUACAGGCAUUUCACUGUUUUUUCUGCUUCCAUUGCAAGUCUAUGGGCCGAAAGACACUCUAGGACACUACACAGCUGGUGCUGUUGUUGCUGACCUGUGGUAGAAACAAGCAGAAGCCUUGACAGACUGCAGUCACCCACAAGACGAAUGUGGACAAACCAU